CCGGUUCCUCGGUGCUUCACGAUUCCUCGCUGCAGAUUCCACACGACGUUUGCCCAGACCACUGUGGAGACUGACUCUGCGGAGAGGUUUUUCAACGGCCUGUCCGAUCCCAAGUUGCAGAAUAAAAGUUUGUCUAGUGUUGAUGUUUAGCGUGGCUCGGGCUGCUAUGUGAGAAACAGGGAAUCUUAGCGAAUCGUAAACACCGGAAAUAAAAAUGCUUCUUCUCUAAGGCUUAGAACCCUAACGUCACUUCCGGCAACAAUAGGAAACGUCAAAAGUCGGACAGUCGGCAGCUCUGGCUGCUGCAGCUUGACGUGCGCUCAGUUCAGAGGGAUCCUGUGCUGCUUCUGGUAUUCUCACUGCUGAUACCUCCACCGGCGUGAACAAGUAAAAGUUUGAACCGGCUUCUCCAUGGCCUGGGCACCAGUUCCUGGCUGAGCCUUUUUUUUUUUUUUUACUAAAAGCCCCCGCCCAGAGGCCGAUUCGUCGCGGCGGCGGUGGGGAUCGCAGGUCGCUCAGGCUUGCAGAUGGGUCAGGGGCUGUGGAGAGUGGCCAGAAACCAGCAGCUACAGCAAGAAGGUUAUAGUGAGCAAGGCUACCUCAGCAGAGAGCAGAGCAGGAGGAUGGCUGCCAACAACAUUUCUAACACCAGUCAUCGUAAACAAGUCCAAGGAGGCAUUGAUAUAUAUCAUCUUUUGAAGGCACGGAAAUCUAAAGAACAAGAAGGAUUCAUUAAUUUGGAAAUGUUGCCCCCUGAGCUAAGCUUUACCAUCUUGUCCUACCUGAAUGCAACUGACCUCUGCUUAGCUUCAUGUGUUUGGCAGGACCUUGCGAAUGAUGAACUUCUCUGGCAAGGGUUAUGUAAAUCCACUUGGGGUCACUGUUCCAUAUAUAAUAAGAACCCACCUCUAGGAUUUUCUUUCAGAAAAUUGUAUAUGCAGCUGGAUGAAGGCAGCCUCACCUUUAAUGCUAACCCAGAGGAGGGAGUGAACUACUUUAUGUCCAAGGGUAUCCUAGAUGAUUCACCAAAGGAAAUAGCAAAGUUUAUCUUCUGUACAAGAACACUAAAUUGGAAAAAACUGAGAAUCUAUCUUGAUGAAAGGAGGGAUGUCUUGGAUGACCUUGUAACGUUGCAUAAUUUUAGAAAUCAGUUUUUGCCCAAUGCACUGAGAGAAUUUUUUCGUCAUAUCCAUGCCCCUGAAGAGCGUGGGGAGUAUCUUGAAACUCUCAUAACAAAGUUCUCACAUAGAUUCUGUGCUUGUAACCCCGAUUUAAUGCGAGAACUUGGCCUUAGUCCUGGUAAGAAUAUAUAUAGUGAAUUCCUUCCAGCCCCGUUCCCACCUCCAGAUGCUGUCUAUGUCCUGUGCUACUCUUUGAUUCUACUUUCCAUUGACCUCACUAGCCCUCAUGUGAAGAAUAAAAUGUCAAAAAGAGAAUUUAUUCGAAAUACCCGUCGUGCUGCUCAAAACAUUAGUGAAGAUUUUGUAGGGCACCUUUAUGACAACAUCUACCUUAUUGGCCAUGUGGCUGCAUAAAAGCACAAUUGCUAGGACUUCAACUAUUAACUUCAAACUAAAGUUACCCAAGGACUUACUUAGCAGAUAUGGGGGUUACAUUAGUGCUGGUCAUUCUAGCCUCUGUAUACAAUCAAGCUCGAGUGUAUACCAUUUUUUUCUUUUACUAUUUUCUUUUUUAGUGAUUUCCUUGGGGAACUAAAUAAUUUUGCAGAACUUUUCUUAAUUUUGCUUAUCAUGUUUUGCACAAAGCAGAGCCAUUGUCUGACACAGCUGUUUAAGAAUGUUAAACUGACAUUAUACUCUAAAGGUGGUAUAUGUGUGCAUUAGAUUUGCUUGAAAAACUACUCAUUUUCAUUCUUUUUUAAAAUACCAUUUAAUGUGUACAUAUUUAACUAAAGAGAUUUAUAAUCAUAAUUAUUUUAUUGUAAAGAUUUUAACUAAAGCCUUUCCUUUUUCUCUCAAACUGAGUUCUGAAAUUUAUUUGAUUCUGAUCUGAGCUUAUGACUGUCUUCAUAGAAGUUGGAUCUGACUUGGAUAAAAACCAAUACCAGUUUCUCUUUCCUUUGAACUUUGAAAAGAAUAUUAAUUUAUUACUAGUAAUAAGCAAAACAGGCACUUAUUUUUAUAAUAUAAAUUCAUCACUUGACUUUCCAUUUUUAAAAGUUCUGGGUUAGUCAUUUCUCAAUAAGUCCUUUAAAGUAUUUGAGAUAGCAAAAUAUGUUAAAAUCUAGGAUUCCCAUACCUAGGAACAGAAUGUUAUUAAAACUUGUAUCUCUUGUAAUUAGUCAAAAUUUACCAUUCUCUUAACUUGAAAAUUUCUGUUUAGAAUCAGUUGAGAAAGGAGUAUUGUGAAUGAACAAAUUUUCUUUCUUCUUUCAUUCAAAAAUAUUUACCAAGGACCUUCAGUGUACUAGACACGGUGCUAGGUAAUAGCGAUACCUAGACAUGGGCCCUGCCUUCAUAGAUGUUACAUGAUUGGUAACAAAAGGAAAAAUACUGCUUCUUGGAGAGCAAAUGUAGAAAGCAUAGCUUAAUUAACAAUUAUUUAAUUAUGAAACACUUAGCACUGAAAUGAUAAAGAACAGUACAUUUAUAUGGUAAGUCAGAAGUUUCUUGGGAAUCCUGCUAAGCGAAAAGCAUCAGCUUUUAAAUGAGACACUAUGUGAUGAGUAGAGCUGCUAGUUUAGGGGGUGGAACUUGGAGGAUUAGAAACUUUUUACUGGAAGUGCACAGUCCCAGUUUCUUUCCAGAUCUGGUCCUAAGUAAAUAGUGGUUGGUAAUAUUAUAACUGCAAGUGAUAUCCUAUAGAAUUUUCAAUGACAAGACAUAAGAUAAUCAGACAAUUUCAGAAGUCAAAGGGACUUUUAGACUGGAAGUAAACAAGUUCUCAGAUCUUGAGGAAAACACCUAAAUUUUCACAUGUGCAUAAUUUUGAAUUCCAUGACAAAAUGCUUCUUUGUAAUUUUUAACUUUAAUUUAUUGGAAAGUUUCAGAAGACCAACAGUAAUGAUAACAUUUUAUCGUUUCUAUUUUCCCAUGAAUGGCAGGCAUCUUGCCCUCUCUAUCUCCUUUACUUUUUCUUUUUUUUUCUAUCCCUAUUUCUCCCUUACCAUUGGGUUCUUUCUACCCCUGUUUUAACUUUACUCUUUUCUUUCCUUCUUUUUUUUAUUUUAUUUUAUUUUUUAUUAUUAUGUUAUGUUAAUUACCAUACAUUACAUCAUUAGUUUUGAUGUAGUGUUCCAUGAUUCAUUGUUUGCAUAUAAGACCCAGUGCUCCAUGCAGUACGUGCCCUCUUUAAUACCCAUCACCAGGCUAACCCAUCCCCCACCCCCCUGCCCUCUAGAACCCUCAGUUUGUUUUUCAGAGACCAUAGUCUCUCAUGGUUCAUCUCCCCCUCCGAUUUCCUUCCCUUUCAUUCUUCCCCUCCUGCUAUCUUCUUCUUUUUUUUUUAAAUAUAUAAUGUAUUAUUUGUUUCAGAGGUACAGGUCUGUGAUUCAACAGUCUUACACAAUUCACAGCGCUCCAUUUCAGUUUUUCCCCUUUUUCCUGUUUUAUUUUUUCCACCCUGACCUGAUUAUAAAUGUAGAUUGGCAGAAUUCUUUUUUUAACAUUUUCUUAUGAAAAUUUUCAAACAUAUAAAAAUUAAAAUAUUUUACAGAGAAUACGUAUAUAACCACUAUGUAGAUUCUACAAUUAAAAUAUUACUGCAUUCACUUUAGCUCAUAUUUAUCCAUCCCUCUGUCCAUCAGUCAACCUAUCUUAUUGUUUUAAGACAGGUAAUACAGGUUUCGGACCUCAGAAUACUCUUUCUUCCUAUAGAAUUCAACUUGUGUAUUGUUAGCUAGAGAUCCACUUUUUAAAAUUUUUUUUUCUGUAUAGGUAAAAUUUGCAUUCAGUGAAAUACAUAAAUGUGAAGUAUACUAAUCAAUGAAUCUUAAUAAAUACAUACACUUGAAUAAACCAAGCCCAUAUCAAGGUAUAUGACUUGAUACAACCUAUUUACAGUUAAUAUUUGUACCAGUUCACAUAAAAUAUAGAAGCCUUGUAGCCAUACAGGAGUGUUUACCCACUUCCUCCGUUUGUUAUUUUAUAGUUGUCAUAUGAGUUACAGAUAGCACACAUUACAAACUCCACACGGUAAUAAUUUGCUUUGAGUAGUUGUAUAGACUUUAAACAAGGGGGAAAAAACCCUCGUUUAUAUUGACCCACAUUAUCACUUCUAAUGCUUUUAUUCCUUUCUGAAAAUCCAAGUUUCCUUGUAGUAUCAUUCAUGUCAGCCUGAAAAAUAUUAACAUCUAUGACACUUAGGUCUGCUAGCAAUUAAUUAUCCUAGUUUCCUUUUACAUGAAAAUGUCUUUAUUUUGUUUUCCUUUUUGAAGAGUACUUUUGCUGCAUAUAUAAUUCUGCAUUGACAGUUUCUUCCCCCCUUUCACACUUUAAAGAUACUCCUCCACUGUUUUCUGGCCUCCAUUGUUUCCAGUAAGAAGUUGGUAUAUUCAAAUUGUUUUCUCCCUGUGUGUAUAAAAUUCCAUUUUCCUCUGACAGUUUUCUUUUGUCAAAUAUUUUUCAGUCUCUUUUACACAUGUGCUAAAACUUUUGAUAUCAUCUUACAGAUCUUUUUUUUUUUAAUCUUUUUUUCCUCUUUUCUUCAGUUGGAUUAUUUCUCUUGAUCUCUGUUCUAGGACAUUACUCUUCUGUAAUUGUUCUUCUUUUAAGCUCAUUCAAUGAAAUUUUUUAAUUACUAUACUAGAAAUUCCUUCACUUUUAUAAUUUAUAUUUCUGUGCUGCUGAGAUUUCCUAUCUUCAUUUACUGUAAGCACAUUUUUCCUUACAACCUUGAACAUAGUUAAAUAGCUGCUUUAAGUCUUUAUCUGCUCAUUUCAUCUUCUUUGAUUGUCUCUUCUUUUGAGAAUAGAUUAUAUUUUCCUGUUUCUUCAUAUGUUAGUAAUUUAGACUUCAUCCUAGACACAGCAAGUAAAAUAUGUAGAAACCCUGUAUUAUGAUAGUUUCUCCAAAGACUUUUUUUUUUCUUUUUAAAGCUGGAAGUUAACUGGCAGAACUCAGUUGCAAUCUCUUACUGCCCUGAAGUAGCUCAAAUGUCAGUUCACUUCUUUAACCUGGAAUCUUUUCUGUGUGUACAUACCUCAGAGAGAAGCCAGAGUUUGGGGCACAGUUCAUACACAGAAAUUAGGGUGCUCACUCUUCUUUUCUUGCCAUUAUUUCUUUCUUCAUUUUCUUGCAGCUACUAUUGCCCCCAAACUCUGCUCCAUGGUUCUUCAAGUCAGUAAAACUAAAGGCUCCAGUGAUGCAGACUGGGGGCUGCCCUCAGGCAAAAACUAUAAAAUGGGAAAUUCAUCCAACUCUAGCUUUUUCUUCCAAGUAUUCUCUUCAGUGUCAGCCUGAAAAAUAUUAUUGGGUCAGCCUUUAUUGGGUUGCUUUCCAUUUCUGUACUUUGUCCAGUAUUUGUGGUUUUAUCUGUUCAAGGAUUGGUAUGAAAGAGCUACUGGGCCAUCAUCUGAAGUAGAACCCUCUUUAAUUGGGCAGUAUUCUUUUUACCUCUUUCUAAGCUUACUGAAUAGGGAUUUAUUCCUGGCAUUUUAAAAACUAGGUGUGUAUAAAUUUAAAUGUUUAUUUUUUAAAACCCCAUCAUCAUAAACAUUUACUGAAUGCUUAACUCAAUUAGAAAUUCAGUGUUUUCCAGUGGAGGUCCCACUGGCUUUUGGGGAAGGAUGUUCAUUGUGCGAGACCGCUCCCUACAGUAGAGGACAUCAGCAUGCCUGGAUUUUGCUUGCUAGAUGCCAGUAGCAUCCCUCAGUUAUUGUAUAAAUAAUGUCCCCACAUGUUUCCAAAUGCCUGAAGUUCGGAACUAGUGGACCUUCUUUCUGAUAAAACAAAUUUAUCUUUCUAAAACACAAGCUCCUUUUGACACAUCUGUUUAAAGUCCUCAAUAGCUCCCUUUCUACAAAAUUAAGCCUCCUUAGCAUGGCAUUUAAGGCUGUACAAUCUGGGGGCACCUGGGUGGCUUGGUUGAUCAUCUGACUCUUGAUUUCGGCUCAGGUCAUGAUCUCAGAGUCCUGGAAUUAAGCCCCGAGUCAGGCUGCAUGCUCAGCAGGGAGUCUGCUUCCCCUCUCCCUCUGCCCCUCCCCACCCGUGCACACACACUCUCUCUCUCUGAAAUAAAUAAAUUUUUAAAAACAAACAAAAAAGGUUAUACAAUCUGGCCUCAGCUUAUCUUCCUUUAAAGCCUCAUCUCCAGCGUUCCUCAAAUGUGAUCUGAUCUGUCUUUGACUUGUACAAGCUGGUCUUCCUGUGAUAUCCUGCUCUCCUUUCUCAAUCUAAAGUUCCCCUGCUCAUCAUCUAAGAUCCACCUCAAAUAUAGCUUAUUUAGCAAAGCUUUCAAAGACUGCCUUUCUAUUAUAAGGCCUGAACUAGGUAAGUGGCAGAGGACUUAGAGAGGAGGAACGAAUGAAAAACAAAAACUGAAAAUGGAUGGGAUUUAAUGAUUUUGAAGUAAGGUGUUUGUUUGAUGUAAAGAUCUGGUUGUCCUACUAUCAAAGGUAGCUACUAAGAGAAGCAACCAGUGGAGUGAUAUGGAACAAAUAAGAUCCCAAUUUUCGGAUAUUUUUAAUUUGAAAGUAUCAAUAGAACAUUGGUUGCAGCUAGAGAAUAAGGCUAGAAAAAAUCAGCGCUGGAUAUGUAACUUUGGGGGUCUUAUUAGUAUUUAAAAGGUGUUUUGUUAGGUGAAGCACUGGAGAAAGCUGCUCUAGGAGGUUUGUUAAGUAAAAAGAAAUGUUUGGGGAACACAGCAUUUUAGGUUUUGGUAGAGAAAAAGAGAGUUUGUGAAGACUAUAGAAGGACCAGAGAAGAAUGGUGUCCUGAGAGCUAGCAGUGGAGUUUCGAGAAGGACGCUGGCUGAGCUUGCAUUUGGUGCAGCUCAACAAGUAGUUUUUUUCCCAUCUACACUCAAGCUUCUUUGAGACUACCUUUUCCACUUAAGGCUGAGUUCUUUAGUUACAGUAGUGCUGAUGGCUUUUAUAUUGUCUGACCAAAUAUUCUCUUACCCAGUGCGUAAUCUGAGCUCUACUGAAACCCACAAGGGCACUUACGGUCCAUCGCAACUCAGGCCUGUCUACACCUCCCAUCCCCAUGAAGGACGAAGGGCUGUGCUAUUUCAAGGCUAGAACAUAACCAUACCAACUGGGUACUUCUAGUGCAUUUUUCCUAUACACAAUUACCAGUUAUGUUUUCUAAUAUACAGGUUUGUUUAGUUUCCUUUUUAAGAAAAGAAGGCAAAGAAAAAAAGUGCUCAAAAACUUUGAGUUCUCCAGAUUUAUCAUCAGCAGGAUUUUCCCUAAGUACAUUUGUUAAAACUAAUACUCCAUAAUCUCAAUGAACUCUGUAUUUUCAUCCUUCCAUUAAUUUUUCUUUUUUUCUUUUUUUGGAAAGCUUGUAACCUCUGCCUCACAUUUACCUGUUGAAAUGUUACUUGUCCUUCAAAGUCCUUUUAGAUUCUUUCCUCUCCAGGGUAACUGUUCCAAUUCUUUCAGGUAGAAAUUUUAUUCUUAUAUCUCCCUCAGUACCUAACAUAGACCUUGGCCAACUGAAUUAUUUUAGAUCUGGUUUAGUUUGUACAUAAGCACAUAGGAAGAUGGCUUUACUGUGUCCAUUUUUUAAAAAUAUAUUUGGAGCUUUCAGUUGUACACAAUUUAUAAAUUGGAACAUAUUAGAUUUAACUUCUUAAAAAUAUUCAAAAGCAAAUUCAAUGUGUGUAUUAUUCUUGAUAUAAAUUUGUCUCUAGAGGACUUCUGAUUUUAAAUAUUUGGAUGAAUCAGUACUUUAAGACUUUUUUUUUUUAAUUUCAAGAGUUUAAGUUGAUCUUAAAUUGAUCUUUUACUUACAUUUUUUACAAUAUGAUUAAUAUGGUGCUUGAUGAGAGUAAGCUUAUUCAGAACUCUUAACAUUUAAGAUAACAACUUGUUUAUUGUAAUUUGAGUCUGUUUUCCUGUGUUUAAAAUGAACUUCUUAAAUAUCAUACUGCUAACUGCCUA